CACGUUGCUCUAUACCAUUACGAAGUAAUAAGAUCGCUAAAUAUUGAACUCUAGAUGUUAUUCUUCACUAGGACCUAGCUCUUGCUAUCAUGGAGUUCCUCCAUAUCCUCGCGCUCGUGGCCACCGCCAUUUGCACAUACCUUCUCUACUUGCGAUUCACCACAGAUGCUACUCUGCCUCUUCCACCUGGGCCCAAACCGCUGCCCCUCCUAGGCAACAUCGCCGACUUCCCUCCCGCAGGCGUGUCCGAGUCUGAGCAUUGGAUCAAACACAAGAAUGCGUACGGCGGCAUCUCUUCCGUUACUGUCAUGGGCAUGACGCUGGUCAUAAUCCAUGACAAAAAGAUGGCGCACGAUCUACUGGAGCAGCAUGCUUCUCAGACGUCUGGACGGCCCAGGAUGGUCAUGGCGAACAAGCUGUGCGGCUAUGAGUCUAUUGUGCUCUGCCAGGGGUAUAAUCCAACCUUCAAGCGCUGCCGGAAGCUGCUUCACCGCGAGUUAGGGACAAUGAAAUCUGCGGCCCAGUUCCUGGGCGUCCAGGACAUGGAAGUCAAGCGACAGCUCGUGCGCGCACUCAAUGAGCCCGACAGAUGGCUAGAUCACUUCAAGACGACUGCUGGCGCAACUGUGCUCAAGAUGGCGUACGAUUACGUAGUUGAGCCUCACAAGCCGGAUCCCCUCGUCACCCUCAUCGACAAGAUGAUGACCGAGUUCUCGCUUGCUGCUUCCCCCAUGGCCUGGGCAGUGGACAUUUUCCCUAUACUACAGCACCUUCCGGAAGGAUUUCCAGGCGCAGGAUUCAAAAAGACAGCCCGCAAGUGGCGACGCAGUAUUGAAGCCACCGCUUACAUCCCCUAUCACUUUGUACUGCGUCACAUGGAUGCCCACACAAACAACCCGUCCUAUGUCUCGAAGCUUGUGCAGCAAUGCAAAUUGGAGACAGGUGGCGAGGAACUCGGGCAAGAAGAUUCUGAGGCUAUCGCCUGGACAGCUGCUAGCUUAUACGGCGCGGCCGCUGAUACCACCGUCAUUACUUUGACCGCCUUUACCCUGGCCAUGCUCCAGAAUCCAGAAGUCCAGCAACGUGCCCAGGCUGAGAUUGACCAUGUUGUUGGUACCGACCGUUUGCCUACCUUUGCGGACCGCGACAAUCUCCCCUACAUUACAGCUCUAGUCAAGGAAUCGACACGCUGGUGGCCUAUUUCGCCAAUGGGUUUCCCUCAUACUGUGACUGAAGCUUUCGACUAUAACGGCUAUCAUAUUCCCAAGGAUGCCAUGCUUCUCCCCGCAGUGAAGUGGUUCCUCCAUGAUCCCUCGGUAUACGCCGAUCCUGAGCAAUUUGACCCUGCGCGUUUCCUGAGCCCACGAAACGAGCCCGAUCCCACGGUGGAGGCGUUUGGAUACGGUCGCAGGAUUUGCCCGGGUCGCUUCUUCGCCGACCAGAGCCUCUUCCUUAACAUUGUCCAUUCGCUCGCCUGCUUCAGUAUCCGACCAUUGCUGGACAGGGCGGGCGAGCCAGUUCCAGUAGAUGCCAAGCCCAAGCCGGGCAUCUUGAGCUACCCGACAGCGUUUGACUUCAAGAUCGAGGUAAGAAGUGAGAAGCAUAAGAGCUUGAUCCUAGCAGCUGGAGAGGAGGUGCCGCUGGAGCCUAGUGAUGCUCGCCAUCUAGAGAGCAUAGAAAACUUUGAGGCAAAGUAAUUUCGCGAACUUGAAUAUAUCCUUUAUUUACCUCCGGAACACGAGACAUAUAUCUUACCUACCAGUGCUUCGGACCGAUAAUUUCACCACUAUUUGGAUCCAAUGUCUUCGUAACGGCCGUCCCCAGUGCGUCAAGAUUAUU